UCAUGAGUGGCAAAGCGGAUAAUCAAAACCUCACGGUACAGCGGCACUUGAUUCUAUUUGUCAGACACUUCGUGCUACAGGUAUGUCAGGAAUACUUGCGCACCUUAUCCACCCUUCUCCCGCCUUCCCAACUGCCCCCAGGGACUUCUCUCACUGUGAUCGGAUGCGGUUCCUCAGCACUACUUCCAUUCUACAUCCGAACCACCGGACUCCCUUACCCCAUAUUCACUGAUCCCACAGGGAACCUGUACGAGUCGCUUUCUUUCGCCCGAACUCUCGCCAUGGGGUCCAAGAAACCAGAGUACAUCUCCGUCCCCUUCAUGGAAACGGUCUUCCGAAGCGCAGGCCAGAUCCUCAGCCAAGUCGGUCGCUUCGGACGCGGUGGAAGCGUAUCCGGCGGUGACUGGUCACGAGUAGGAGGAGAGAUGCUCAUCGAGCGGGCCGAGUCCGAGCCCAGCGCGUUCGUCAAUCGAGGAAGGAAGCGGCUUGGAUUGGAUGACGAUGAGUUGGGGUGGAAAGCAAUGUAUGUCCAUCGAAUGCAGAAGACCACCGAUCACUUGGAGGUGCCGGAGCUACGGUCGUUGCUGAGAUUGGAGCCCGGUCGGCCCUUGAGGCCGCAGACUAGGAGUGGGGGAAGCAGCAUGCGGAAGACUGAGGGAGGGAAUAGAAUCGAAGUCAAAUCGAGACGCAGGUAAAGGAGAGGAACGACUGUGACAGGAAUAUGGAGCAUAGGCGGCUUCAAAGAAAGAAUUUUGGCAGUACGAGGGCGAGGGGUGUGGUUUAGCGAAGGAGCGCCC